CCCGCAGGCAGGCCGGGCUGGUUUGUUGAGCGGACAGGGAGCAGAUCUGGCAGCAGUGGAAGUUUGUGGUGAGGCAUGUAGCUUUAAUAAGCGCGGAUUCUCAGUUUUAGCUCUAUAAAGAGAACAGAGAACAGUCUGUGUUCGGGAUGGACUCCAGGAAAAGAGACCGGCACUCCCCUGCGCGCGACGGGAAGAUCAGAAUUAAAGAGGAGAAAGUUAGUCCCGCUAGGCCGCGGAUCGCGCGCCGCUCCAGCUCACAGUCCAGCGGCGCGAGCAGCAGCAGCCCCCCGAGGAGACACGACCACCGAGGAAAAGACAGAUCUCCGGGAAGAAAGGACAGAUCAUCAGGACAGCAGCGGGACAGGGAAAGGGACAGGUCCCCCCGAGGCCAGCGAAGUCGCAGUCCAUACCGCAGUUCUGAUGUUCGGAUAAAGCGGGAAAAAGAUGAUCAUCGUGAAAGAGGAAAUAGGCCUGAUGAACGUCGGGGUAGGAGGGAGGAAGAGCGUCAAAGAGGGCCGGAGCGACGGAGAGAGAGGUCUCGUGAACGGGAAGCACGUCUGCAACAGCAAGCAGAAAGGGAACAAAACAAUGAGCGUCGCAGAGAAAACCGUCUCCGGCAGGAGGCAGAGGGCGGAAAUGAGAUGCAUGAGUUUGAUGGCACAGAGGGAGAUGAUGUGUCUGGACCUGCUGUUGAGAAAGAGAAGCCCAACUUUGAACUCUCAGGUGCUUUGGUGGAAGACACCAACACAUUUCGAGGAGUUGUUAUUAAGUACAACGAGCCACCGGAGGCCCGAAUCCCAAAGAGGAGAUGGCGACUGUACCCUUUUAAGAAUGAUGAGCCACUUCCAGUCAUGUACAUCCACAGACAGAGUGCAUAUCUCCUUGGAAGACAAAGAAAGAUUGCCGACAUACCUAUUGAUCACCCCUCCUGUUCAAAACAGCAUGCUGUGUUUCAGUACAGGUUGGUGGAGCACAAACGAGCUGAUGGUACCACAGGCAGGAGAGUAAAGCCGUACAUUAUUGACCUUGGUUCAGGCAAUGGAACAUACCUGAACAACCAGCGUAUUGAAUCACAGCGGUACUACGAGCUCAAGGAGAAAGAUGUGCUGAAAUUUGGAUUCAGCAGCCGCGAGUAUGUGCUCCUGCAUGAAUUCUCAGACACCGCUGAAGUUGAUUCCAAACAGGAGCUUGAUGAGGAGGAUGAAGGGCUUGAUGAGUAGUCACCACUCAAAGUUCACCAAAGUACUUUUGUUGUGUGGGACUCUUUAAAGGAGCCCUGAAUCAAUGAUCAAGAUCGCUGUGAUUGACCCAGAAUUUAAUGGGUUGUUCUUUUAUUAAUGAUUUUGACAUUACUAUUAUGUUGUGGACAAGGUCUGUAAAAACUUGACUGGUGUCAGUCUGACAACUUUCUGUGUUUAACUCUUAUUCUCAGGUGAACAGCAUCAGCUUCGGAUUGUCUAGCACUGCCCAUUGUAGUAAUUUCAGAUCAAGUGUUCAGUGCCAGAGCAAAUGACUUAAAAAUAUAUAUUUUGGAUAAUUAUAAUUUGUCAAUAAAAGGUUUCCAUCCAGACUUUUUCAUUGUAAAUACACUGGAUGUAGGCAACGUGAGCAUUGUUUCACUUGUUUUAGUUUCUAUGAUUUAUUUGAUAUCAAAAGCUGUUUGUAGUUUGUAGACAUUCUUAUUUUAAAGUCUCAUAGCAGUAAAAUGUCUUUAUUGUUGCUUUGUAAAACUAAGACAGCUUAAGACUGUAUUCUGGUUCAUAUGUGAUGACAUUGCUUGAACGUUUUGGGUUGCAGAUCUGUAUGCAUUUUUAGAUGUUUUGUAUGGUAAAAUAAAAUAAAAAACAAGCAAUAAUGAUUUUUUUC